AUGGCAGCUGUGUUGUUUUGUAAAACACAAAUGCGUGAAGAGAUGUGCCUGUGGUUAGAAGAAAUUCAAAGUGAUGGUGAUUUGCCUCAAUGUCCAGUAUGUGGUUGUCUAUGGAUAGAAUUACCAAAUUUUGAUAGCCAUGUCACCACGACCAAUGGAAAUGUUAAUGCUACUACUACUAAUAAUAACAAUAGCAAUAAUAAUCAUGGUGAUCAAGCAGCUGAGAUGAAUGAUUUCGAGGGGGAUCCAGACGACACCAAAAUGAUUUCCUCAGCUUCAUCCUCCUCGUCCUCCUCGUCCUCCCCCUCCCCCUCUUCUCCUUCGGAACAAAUUGAAGUUAGUGAACAACAACAACAACACCAACAAGAACAACGGCUGACUAAAACUCAUCAAUGUGGCACUGAUAAUAACGAUGAUGCUGCGGGCGAUGGUGAUUUUGAUGUUGACAAUGUUGGCGACGUCGGAAAUGGCGACGGCGAUGAGGACGGUGAUGAAGAUGAUAAUAGUAACACUGACAGACAUCUACCUCCUCAUCAGCCACAUCGAGGACAAUCCACCACUAAUCAGCAACAACAGGAACAACACCACCACCAUCACCGCCAACAACAGAAACAAUCAUCCAAUGAUACACCAUGCUCCUCAAUUCUCAAUCAAUCAAUAAAGAAUAUACAGGGCAUAGAUUCAACAGAUUUCAAUGGGAAUAUAACCAUGAUGAAAAGUGUAUUAUCUAAUCCACCAUUUUCUGAAUAUAAUAGUUGUAUCUCAGCUUUCUCAUUAGAAAUUGCUAAUGCAUUAGUCUCUUAUGAUUGGACAAUCAGACAAUAUGCCUUACAACAAACAACUCAUUUAACAAUCCGUCAAGUCCUGUUAGCUCGUCAAUGUCAUUUACACUCGGAUCAUUAUAAUCUUGUCUGUUCAAUUAAUUCUACUAUUAAUAACAGUAAUAAUAAUAGUAAUGAUAAUCAACAUUGCGUUGGUGUUGGUGACAAUGAUCCCGCUUGUGGGUGCUGUUGUUGUUGCUCUGGUGGCGGUGCUGCUGUUAGCGGUUCCUCACCAUCCUCAUCAAGUAAAAAUCAUCAUCAUCAUCAUCGAAUGUAUACAGGACCUGAUUGUGUACGUAUAAUGUUUAAAUUAAUUCAGCAUAUGUUAGAUGAUCCAGUUGAUGCAAUAUUCACUGAUGCCCUGAGAGCUUUUCGUGAAUUACUCGGAUAUUUAGUUUGUUAUAAUAAAGAAACACAAUCUGCUUUACAAAAAGCUAUCGGUCCAAUUCUACGCCGAUUACUGCGGUUUGUCGGUGGAUCAAGUAACCUGUGGAGUUUACGUAGUCCAGAAUCCCUAAUCCAUGUAAAUAAUCCGCCUAUUCCCCCUCUGUCACUGCAUCAAGACGAUGAGAAUAGAACAGUUAAAUUAUCGCAUAAAGAUAUAAAGGCGUUUGAUCAUCACAUCACUUCACAAUCAAUCAAUAAGCCAAUUGAAACGUCAGGGAUAAUGAAUAAUGAAUUGGAUAUUUUACAGACAAAAUCUCAUUUAUCCCUACAUCCGUCUCCUCUUAGUACUGCAGCUGUUGUUGUUGCUGCUGCUGCUUCGCCUGUUGCUGUUCCUGCUCCUGCUCCUGCUAAUUUCCGUGAUCGUUCCAAUCUAGCCUUGGCUACAUUGAUAGAAUUAGCUAAAGGUCAAUCAGGGGCUCUGGCACUUGGUCGAGAAGUUCAUUGUGCUUCUCAAUGUUUACCUAUCAGUGGUAUACAGCAUAUGGUACGUUUUGUGCUAAGUUCAGCGAAAUUUCAUGCUACCCACUUAAUUGGUCGUUUAACAAUUGUGGAUAAAUUAAUUCGUAUGCAUCAAACAAACAUACAACAAUUAUCGAUCCAACAACAACAACAGCAGCAGACAACCGCAGGGAAUAAAUCAUUCCUAUCGAAUGAAACAGUUAACACUGGGUGCCACAACGCCAUGAUGAACACCACCGCCAACAACAACACUGUUGAUAUCACUUCAGGAGAAAAAGUAUCCGUUCAAGGGGGUGGUGGUGGAGAGACGCCAUCACCACCGAUAUCAUCUCCUCCUCCUCCAUUGUUAUCCUCGUCAUCAACAAGAACAAGAACAACGACGAUGAAUGAUCAGUCACUGGCUAGACGACAUUUAUGCUCUACAAUUGUCUUUGCGCGACGUCAUCUACUCCCGAUCUAUCCAAAACCAGAUAAUAUGACAAUGUGUUUCCCGUAUCAUUAUCAAUUACAGACAACUGAUGGUGUUGCUAAUGAGAAUAAUAACAAUAAUAAUAACAUCUCUCUAUUCAAAUCCCCAUUGGGAUCAGGUUCGACAGCAGCGGUGGCUGUGGCGACGUUGACUGGAACGUCGGUGACAACAACAACAACAGCCGCAUUGAGUCAACCAAAUGGAUUGAGUGUCAUAAAUUACUUUCAUCAUACACAGUAUAAGGCUAACCGUAUAGCCAGACGUGUAUUUCUUACAGCUUGUCGUGCCUUACUUACCUGGCGUAAUGAAGAGCCAGUAAAUGAUCAUUGCGAUCCAAUUCCACCGUCUACAUUCAAUGCAAACACAUUUAUUGAAUCAGAAAUUAAUCGAUUAGAUGCACCAUUAGCUACAUGGUUUAGAAAUCGUCUAUGCUUAUUGCUGUAUCCAAGUGAUACAACAGGGAAUAUCCUACGAGGUAUUGAUCAACAUUCUUCAAUGAUUAAAUCCCUGGUAUCAUCACCAUCAUCAUCAUCGACUAGUCAUGGUGUUGUUAUCCCAUCGUCGAGAAGUUAUAAUGCUGCACUGACCGCUUCACCUUCAGCUAAUAGUAUUACUCAAAAUCAAAAUAAUAAUAUUAACAGUAAUGAUAAUAGCAGUAAGAAUAAACAUAAAUAUUCAUCAAGUCAAGCACAGCACCAGCAGCAACAGCAACAUUGUACCAGCAUCCUUCAUAAUUCUUCAACUUCAUCUUCGCCUAUUGCCUCGUCUAUUAUUCCAACGAAAUUACCUCCGAUACCACCGCCGAGGCGAGUGACAAUCAACAAUUUUGAAUUAAACGAUAAUAAUAAAAAGGAUCUAGUUAAUAAAUAUGAUCCACUCAGGCAUAACAAUGAACAACGGGAUCAAAAUCCCGUGGAUAAUAAUAAUAAUAGUAAUAAUAUCGACGAUAAGAAUAUAAAAAAGAUUAAAUCUCAAAUAUUGAACUCAUCUUUUGUACGUAUUGCCCUGGAACCAGCCUAUGAUUUAGUUGCUUUAUCUGAAUCUGGUAAUUACAGCAGUGCAAGUGAAUUCGAAGAUGAAGACGAGGAUGAAGAUGAGGACGAGGUUGACGAGGACGAGGAGGAGGGGGAGGCGGGCGAUGUCGACGAUGAAGCCGACGUGUCCGUAGACGAUAUUGACGGUGACAUUAAGCCUAAUAAUAAAAAGAGACAUCGAAAAAAGGUGAAAACAAAUAAUCCUAGUGAACCUAUUUAUACCGGACGAUCCCUUGGCUCCGAGGCUGAUCUCCAAUGUGAACAAGUUACAGUGUUGAGAAAUGCAUUGACUCGAUCCACUAAUCAAUUAAAACCUUUAUUACCUAUCCCAGGUUUAUCAUUUGUGAUGAAUUCAUUUGAGGCAACUAAAAAGUUGCCUAAUUCUGAUGAAUAUUAUGAAUCUGUUGACUGGGUACGUGGUCCUAUUCUCGGGCAUGGUGCAUUCUCCCAGUGUUAUCAAGCCCGUGAUGUUAGAACUGGUCUCCUGUUGGCUGUUAAACGGAUACGUCUUGGUCGAAAUUCUCUCUUCUCACUUUAUUCAUCCGAUAAUAAGAAGAAAACGCAUCAAUCAACGCCAAUUCAGGAUCCAGUGAUGAAUCAUCCUUCACGUCCAUUAUCACCGACAUCGUUGAAUCAACUGACUGAAGUGGAAACUGAAGUACGCAUUAUGCUACAAUUAGAUCAUCCAAAUGUUCUCAGGUUAUUCGGGGCUGUUCAUUGUGUUAAACGUGGUUUUGUUGAUCUGUUUAUUGAAUGGAUGCCGGGUGGAAGUAUAACCAGCUUGUUGCAGCAAUAUGGUGCAUUUAAUGAGUCAAUUACAUUAAAUUAUGGUAUACAGUUGAUACGUGGUCUUGCUUAUCUACAUAAACAUGGAAUAUUACAUAGAGAUUUAAAAGGUGCCAAUCUGUUAAUCGACAGUACUGGAGCUGUAAUUAAGAUAUCGGAUUUUGGUGCUUCAGCACGUCUAAGCGGUGAACAAAGUGUUGCUGGUCAAUUUCAAGGACAAGUUAUCGGUACAUUUUCAUUUAUGGCACCAGAAGUACUUCGUGGUGAAACCUACGGUAGAGCUUGUGAUAUCUGGUCGGUUGGAUGUUGUCUAAUAGAAAUGUUGACAAGUAAACCUCCAUGGCAUGAUGCUAGACUAACGAAUCGUUACGCCCUAAUGUAUACUAUCGCUACAUCAAAUUCACCACCAACAUAUCCUGAAGGUUUGUCCACCGGGCUUAUAUCAGUUCUAGAUGCAUGUUUUGCUCGUAAUCCAAUCGAUCGUCCAACAGCUAAUCAAUUAUUAACCUUUAAGAUAUUUGCUGAUCUUAUUAGUCAACAAGUGGUGACUUCAUCGAUAGAUGAAGAGAAGACGCAACAACCGCAACCACCACCGCCGCCACCACCACCAGCCGCUCAAUCUCAACCUGUACAGAAACAAAAAGAACCAGUACCAUUACAAUCGUUGCCUUCAUCAUCACCAUCUCUAAAGGCUAUCACUGCAUUGAAUACAAGUAAAAAUCGUGAUAAAACAUUAAAAUCUCAGAUGAACACGACAAAAUCAAAUACAAAAUCAUCGUCAACAUCAACAUUUAGUUAUCAGCGUUUUUUAAAAACAUUCCAAUCUAAUAAAAAUAGUCCUUCAUUAAAUCAUAAAAAAUUCAUUCGACUUCAUGAAGUACUUCAAGAAAGCAAAGAAGAAUAUCAGCGAAAACAACCUCAAGAGGAUAUGAUAAUGAUGGUAGGCAAAUGUGAACGUCAUCAACAAAUGCCGAUUACUUCACCAUCUGAUGAGAAUUCAAAAUGUAUUCGUCAACUUUCGGAUCAUCAUCAGCAACAACACCAGCCUCAACACCACCACCAACAACAACAAGAAUCCAAUCAACAUGUUGAUGAUACUGUCCUAUUGACUAGACGACAAAAAUUUCGACGACCAACUUUACCUGGUCUCAGUUUUCAUAGAAAAUAUCGUUCACGUACACCGGUGGCUAUUUCACUUGAUUAAACAAAAUUCAUUUUGCUGAUGAUACAAUCUACACACCACCACACCCACACACACAAACAUAGAGGUACGCAUCGAAUUUCAUCCCAAAAAUGUUCAACAUUUCCUAGGAGAGGAGUAUUCAAAUUGCCAAGCAAGUCAAAGCUAAUUGAUUAGAUAAUAAACACAGUGAUGUGUGUGGGGAUUCCUUGAACAACAUCGACUAUAUUUUUUUCUGAGUGUCUGCAUUUUUCUAUCGUCUUUUUCUUCUCCUCAUGUUUCUUGAUGAAUUUUUAAUUGAUACUGGUGAAUUUUUGUUAAUAUUC